UUAAACAGAAGCGUAGCAACUGGGCGGGGUUUAUUGUGAAAACCUGGCAACCCUGGUGAGCUCGCGGAGCGCAGACGCAGCACACGGUCCGCCGGAAUAAUGCGCUUCUAAUGCUGGGCCGCGGUCCGAAGCAAGGCCAUCCUCAGCGCGGAACGCUCACCGAACUCCGGCCGGUACCGAGCGGAAGAACGGCGGAUUGAAAACAGCAGCGCGCGACGGAGAGAGAGAGAGAGAGAGAGAGAGAGACACUGCCCAAGCGCUCAGAGCCAUGAGAGAAUACAAAGUGGUCGUGUUGGGAUCCGGCGGCGUGGGAAAAUCGGCGCUGACCGUGCAGUUCGUCACCGGAUCCUUCAUCGAGAAGUACGACCCGACGAUAGAGGACUUCUACCGCAAGGAGAUCGAGGUGGACUCGUCGCCGUCGGUGCUGGAGAUCCUGGACACGGCGGGCACCGAGCAGUUCGCCUCCAUGCGCGACCUGUACAUCAAGAACGGCCAGGGCUUCAUCCUCGUGUACAGUCUGGUCAACCAGCAGAGCUUCCAGGACAUCAAGCCCAUGCGCGACCAGAUCAUCCGCGUCAAGCGCUACGAACGCGUGCCCAUGAUCCUGGUGGGCAACAAGCUGGAUCUGGAGGGCGAGAGGGAGGUGUCUUCCGGGGAAGGCAAGGCGCUGGCGGACGAGUGGAACUGCCCGUUCAUGGAGACCUCGGCCAAAAACAAAGGCUCGGUGGACGAGCUGUUCGCGGAGAUCGUGCGGCAGAUGAACUACGCGUCGGCGCCGCACGGAGACGACCAGUGCUGCGCGUCCUGCGCGAUUCUUUAAAACCGAGCGCGACUUCUGGUUUCUCGUUCGCGUUUGUUGCCAUGGUGUGUCGCAGGAUUUCUGUACUGUUGAGCGACGCGUCUCCUCAGGAGGAGGAGGAGAAGCCUGGAAUAGCGGAUCACUCUUCAGGAAUUGCAGCACACCAUUGAUGUCAACACAAGUGUCUUGCAUUCGCAACUGGAACUUAAACCCCAAGAACGUGAAAAACCAAGACGCGUGGGAGGAGUUUAAAAAGGCUAUGUUUUGCUCGUGGACUUGGAAACCCUUGUUGUGAAUCGUUUUGCUUUUCGUUCACCUGGAUUGAAACUA